AUGCAAGUGUCUUCGCCUAGAGCAGAUCUCAGCUGUCUAGCCUGUCGGCGUCUCAAAAGACGCUGUGAUAGGAAGACACCCUGUGCUCUGUGCUCCCGCGUAGGGAGAGCAUGCACCUAUCCGUCACCGGAGUCAACACCGCGAGGUCCACGAUCAGGUUCGAGUGAUGAGACUAAUAUCCAAGUGACAUCGCAGCCUAUAUGUCGCUCACAGCCGCAUCCGAGACCUGGGUUACCCGCGGCCUUCUUUCUGGAUUCGGUGGCGUCGAGGGGAGUUGUUCCUACGUUACGCAACUCGCUGGAAUGGGAGCAUGUAGGGACUGAUGUACCUGGACUUACGGUCUCGGAGGCGAGGGAGAUUGCCAAGGUGCAUUUCGAGACGACGCAUUGCUGGUUCGGGAUUAUCUCGAAAGUACGACUGGACAGAAGACUAGUCGACAAUGGUCCCAUCAAUGGUGCAGACACUACAGCGAUGCUCUACGCCAUGCAGCUCCUCGCCGAGCCGGAGUCAAGUACUCACGAGGUCUAUCAAGCCGUAAAGGCAGCAUUGGCACAUUGUGAAAGCUACGGACAACUGUCUCUCGAAUUCCUCGCCGCCAACAUCUUGAUCGCCGUGCACGAACUCAGCCAAGCGAUCUUCCCAGCAGCAUACCUCACUGUGGCAAUGUGCAGUCGUUUAUGCUAUAGCAUGGGCUGGCACGACAAGAGAAAAGCGACCCAACUCCUCCCGAAACCAGAUACGUGGAUCGAAGUCGAGGAACGACGGAGGCUGUGGUGGGCAGUGCUUCUACUCGAUCGCUACACACAUCUUGGACUUCGGUUUCGGCCGCUGGCAACGCUUCCGAUACCUUCGGAUGAGAUCAUUCCCGCUGGAGAUGAGAGCUGGGAUAUCGGUGAGAUGGCUGUGAAUCCUCUGCUCGUGAUGUCAAUGACUGCAGCCGCUCCUGUCGCCCCUUUUGCGAGGACUUGUCAAGCGGCGCAUUUACUCGGCCGUGCUUGUCAACAUGUCAAUGAGCAUCCUUCCGCUGAAGAUGCGGAUCUGCAUUUUCAGGAGGCAUGGCAAAUCUCGAAAGCCGCACAGGCCUUGAGUACGAUCAUCAACGACGAAUCAUCAGCUAGCGAGUCUCCAGAUCGUUUCUACGCUGGAAGAGCCCUGUGCUACUCGGCUCUGAUGCUCUUGUACGACGUCCACUCUUGCGUGGAAGUCGACGAAGUAGAAGCCUGUGGUGGCAAUCGAGGACUGCGACUAGACCUCCAACAACUGGCGAUAGACGGAUCAAAAGAACUGGCGUAUCAAGUCCACUCCUUCGCCAUGGAGUUAGAACAAGCCCACACCAUUAAUCGAGGUUGUCUCAGCCCGCUGGUGAUGUACUGCCUGUACUCUGCCUCGGGGACGUUUGCAUGGUACGUCAGGGAGUCGGGGGAUGAAAAGCGUUUGCGAUGUCUGAAUGAUUUGAGACGGGUGCUGGGCUUGCUUCAGGAGAAGUGGCAGACGGCUGGUGAGUUACAUUCAGCACUAAGAAAAGAGAACAUCGCUGAUUUGAUCGUGAGCAGCCGAGUAUUUGAGCCUCCUCGAGGGGACGGAAUACACGUAUGA